AUGCACUCAAUUGCAGCCUUCGAAGGGAGGAAAAAAAGAAAAAAGAAAAAGACAAUUGAAAAUAUAAUAUAUAGCUCCAAAAACAGGAUUUUCAUAUGGCUCUGUAAAUCCUAUUCAAUUUAUCUUGCAGAUGAUGAGAAAAAUUCUCAUUUGAAAAAACUUGAAAAAGCAUCUGACAAGCUUAAACUCUUCAAGGUGGACCUGCUGGAUUACAACUCUCUUUCUGCAGCCAUCACGAGGUGUGUCGGAGUGUUCCAUGUCGCCAGUCCAGUUCCCCCCGGCAGCUUGCCAGAUCUGGAGGUGCAACUAAUUGAGCCUACUGUGAAGGGUACUCUUAAUGUACUCAAGGCAUGUUCUGAAGCAAAUGUCAAACGAGUGGUGGUUGUAUCUUCUGGAGCUGCUGUUUCCGUGAACCCUAAAUGGCCCAAGGGUCAAGUGAAGGACGAGACUUGUUGGUCUGAUGCGGAAUACUGCAGAAGAACUAAUAAUUGGUAUUGUCUUUCCAAAACAAAAGCAGAAAGUGAGGCUUUUGAGUAUGCGAAAAGAAGUGGGCUUGAUGUUGUAAGAGUGUGUCCAACCCAUGUUUUGGGACCAAUGCUCCAGUCCACAGCAAAUGCUAGUAGUUUGGUUCUCAUUAAGCUUUCAAAAGGUACCUAAUUGAAUAAAACCUAUAUCAUUUUAUUUUC